AUGGAUAUGGCGAUACUUGACUUCUUCAUCGGUAAUAUGGAUCGACACCAUUACGAGACGUUCAAACACUUUGGCAACAAUACGUUUCCAUUGCAUUUAGAUCACGGCAGAGGCUUUGGUCAGCCCUACCAUGAUGAACUGUCCAUUUUGGCUCCACUCGCCCAGUGCUGUGUCAUAAGACAGACUACUCUGAAACGGGUGUUGAGUUUUACGCAACCCGACAACAGACUGAGCCAUGUGAUGCGAAAGUCAUUGUCAGCGGAUCCCGUGAAUCCGGUGCUCAGCGAACAAAAUCUGGUGGCCUUAGAUCGCAGAGUGAAUAUUAUCUUACAGACGGUUCGCGACUGUAUUUCCCAAAAACCAAACGAAGAAGUGAUCAAUUUUGAACAGUUC